AGCCAAUCAUAGGCAGGGAGGCGGUACUUGUCGGAAAACGGGUAGAGAAAACUGAAGUGUCCUGUUAGUCGUAACUAGUUUUAAGAGUCAAUAAAUGGCAUAAAAGCAAAAUGUAUCAAAUAAAAUUUGCGUUAUCGUCGCUUGUAAGAGGGGCAUGUCAGCAGCUUAUUAAGCCUUUGAAUUUAUCUGGAAGAAAGACAGGAGGAAAUGUCCUGCGCACACUUUACUCAAGUUCUGUCCGAUUGCAAGAAGCUGAAGCGCCAUCGCAAGAGCUCACAUUCAGCACGACUUCUCCGAAAAGCUCCAAAGAGUUCAGUGCUUAUCCUCCCUUUCCAGGCCAGGACAGUGGUUUAAGUUGGGCUGGCAAAAAGUUUGAAGAAUUACCAAUAGUUCACAUAAAAGCCACCUAUAACAACACUCACAUCCAGGUGACAGACAGCGAGGGUCAGUCCAUGGCCAGGACCUCGUGUGGGACAGAGGGCUUCCGUAAUAUAAAAAAGUCCACGCCCAUUGCUGCCCAGACCACCGGUAUCUCAGCUGCUGCGAAGGCACAGGCGAAGGGGGUGACAUUUGUGCGUGUGCUCGUCAAAGGACUUGGUCCAGGGCGCUUGUCUGCCAUUAAAGGGUUAACUAUGGGAGGAUUGGAGAUUGUGUCCAUCACCGACAACACGCCGGUUCCACACAAUGGCUGUCGGCCUCGUAAAGCUCGGAGGAUGUAAACCCCAGUAAUCCAGUCCGUCUGUGCCGAAAGUAUCAACAGCUGAGCCUGCAUUCUGAGCGGAGGAGCUGAACACAUUGCUCAUUUCCUUUGCACAGUAUGACGUAUCACACUUCAUGUAACUAUUUGGGGUAUUUUGGUCGAUUUUUUUUUUUUGUGGCUUCUUUGUUUCUUUGUGUGCUUUUUUUAAUUGUAUUAAACUGAUGGAAUGAAA